AUGUCAGAAAAACAUUCCAAUAAUUCUAAUUCAAUUAAAUCUUCAAACAAAAAAAAAAAAGCAUUAAGUGGAGAUAAAAAACGCACCAAGAUUAAGAAAAAUGAUGAUAAUACUAAUUGUAAUACAUCAUAUGUCUAUACUAGCAGAUCAACAGGAAAUGCAAUCAUGCAUCUCCAAAAUGCGCACGAAAAACCAAACAUAGAAAAACUAAAGUUUAAUAAUAAGCAAGAUGUAUCAAAUAUUAAAAAAUAUUCUGAGGCUUGGCAAAUCCAAUUAAGACAGUUACUUACAACAUGGAUUAUAAAGGAUUCACAGGCCAUUAAUGUUUUAAAAAAUUAA